AUGAAAGAUUGGCUGAUAGGAAUCGGUGCGAUCAUCGGAUCUGCGCUGUUUGGUUACUAUCUUGGUGUAUAUUUUGCCGAGAAAAAGGCUCGUGUCAAUAAAAAAAUCAAACUUUCUUCUGAUAAAGUGGUCGAAACGAUUGAUGUAGAAGAAAUUGGGAAGAGCAAAGUUUUUUGUCGCUGUUGGAAAAGUAGUACUUGGCCUUAUUGCGAUAGGACCCAUAUCAAGCAUAAUCAAUUCACUGGUGAUAAUGUUGGGCCGCUUAUUGUGGAAAAAAAAUAA